UGCAUGCUUCUGGAUUUACGGCCCAUCAACUUCACACGCAUACGGUUACCCCGGUGGCAUCAUUUCCACGGUGAAGUAUUGGCUGCAGGCGAACUUUGUGCAAAGCAGAAGGCAACCAGUUCGAAAGAGCAUUUAGUACCAGUGUAGUAAACAAAAGUCACGUAAACUACAGUAGACGCUGCGCUGUUUUGGAAGGAGAUAUAGGCGGGCGUCUGAACUCAGAAAGGAUAACGCAGUGCCAGCUUUCGAAGCAGACGACACUUAAUCUAGAUGAGUACGGGCAGUGCGGUGCUCAACCCACGCGAGUUUCCUCGAUGAAGGACCUUGAGAAUACGGGGAAACAACAUCGAGCCUUUUGAAAGCAGAAGACCCCCCUGAACUUGGAGACUGCAAGUAGCACAAUCCCGAGGCGGACGACGACGACGCAGUGAUUACAAAGCAGGAACGACGCUACAAAUUUACGUGAGAAGCAGACGGGUGUAAUAUCGCCAGCGGGCAUCUCUGUGUGUCAGUAGUGCGGAUUCUCGGCCGGUUUUUCAUCGACGAGUGAAAAGAUACGGUUGAGAGAACGGCGUGGAGCGUAUAACGGAUAAAACAGACGACGGCCUCCUGUGCUUUACUUAGCAACUCCUUCAACUGAAUCGGCGGAAUUUAAUUCGCAGCACGUCGACGACCCAGAACAUUGCGCUGCAAGGUGCGAUAUCUUCUUGACGGCUACUUGGCGGGGACAGUGUACUAUACGCUGUACAGUGCCCGUGACAGAGUUCAGUGCUUGUCUUGGAUCGUUGCCAGAGUUUUUAGUAGUCACGAUACCCUUCGGUACUGUAGUGCCUCUGACGUUUCGAAUCCUAACACUCCUGUUUUGUGGCGCCUUUGUGUUUUACGCUCGUCGACACGGUUCCUGUUGAACAGUCAGCAAUCAGUUAGUUGUCAGUCAUGGGUGCCUACUACGCCACGCCAGAAAUGGAUGACUUGAGUGACCAUAUGAGCGACAAGGUGGAUGAUUCGGAACACCCGGUGAUACUUAAGGGCCAUGAGGAUCCCGAGUUGACCGAAAAUGAGUUCUCAGAUUCCCUGGAUUCCACGUCCCCUCCGAAGGAGUCUUCCGGCUUCGCCAGCAUGUCUGAACAAGACCUGAUCGGCUUCGACGAUGGACCUGUGCCGCAGGAGGUGGUCAAUGGCAAGCUGCCCCUCAACGGCAAUGCCGUAGAUAUAACGAAAACAGAGAUGGUGCUGAACAAUCUUAAUGCCGAAAAAAGCCUAAAAAACGGCAAGCACGAGGAAACCCAAAUAGAAAAUGUGAAUGGAAGCCACGAAACGGAAGUGGACUACGACGACACUCCAGCGAACGGUCAUUUGAACGGCAAUGCUGUGAAAGACGCUAACGGAGUGCAGGCGGAAAACGGAGAGCAUGUCUACAGCGAAGUGCCCGAGAAAGAAAUAGGCGAAGAUAACAUUUACGAAGAAGUGAUGCCAGUUGCUGCUAGGAAGAACAAGGAAAGUACCGCAGUGAAACACGAUGACGCGAACGAAAAUGGAAGUCCGCUGUACGACGACUCAUCGUUGUCCAGCGAACUCUCAGCUGACCUGUCACCACCGCCAUCGAACACCGAAGAUGCCACGGGAGCUGUCAUGUCGGAUCCUGAAUGUGAUGCUGUUAUGGCUGCUGAGAUCUCCCAGGAGGAAGCAGCUUCAGCGACAGCUACGGACAACGAGCCCCGAAAUGAUGGCGAACCCACGUACGAGGAUGCAUCCUCUGUAGCCGAUGCGACUUCCGUGAACGGAAUGCCAUUCGUGGCGCCUGUGGUGAACGAGGAGCUCGGAUAUGCCGAAGUUCCCGCAUCGAUAUCGACACCGGAUGUGGUGCCUGCCACUAGUGAAAGUGUUGAGGACGGCCAAAGUGAAGGACCCUGUUACGCGAACGUCGACGUCUUCGUAGACUGCGUCGAGACGACAGAUGCUGACGAAACUUCCGAAGAACAGUCCUCUGACUUCCACCAGCCACAUGUCACUGACGAAACUGUCAAGGCUGUAACUCAUACUGAGGUAAUGCUGACGCCUGAAAUAGAGGCCGUGAAGAAAGAACAUCCACAGUUGCGGACUAGGAGCACCGAGACCAUAAUAGACAAAGAAAUCCGAGCGCAGAAAGAAAGAGAAGAAAUGAUCGCUCAAGAACGAAAGCUAGCCCAAGAAAUAAUGAAACGGUCCACGAGCGUUGAAAAAGAAGUCACGUCACCAACGUCGACUCCAAAGAUGCCGGUAACAACUACCAGACAAACUUCGUUAAACAGCGCACCGUCUACGCCAGCAGUGUCAUCACCUGCGCCAUUCCCGGCACCUGUAGAGAAGCGAUACAACUGUCCCUCGGACUCUCGAAUCGCCGAUGAAAUCCGAGAACUUAAAGAGCGAGAAGAAGAACUGAAGGAACUUCGCGAACGACUUCAAGCUGAAGGAGAACUCGUGGCCAAGAACGGGAUGCAGAAGUCUAACAACGCAGAUGCGUCCGAAAUGACAAACGGAAGCUCGACUCCCUCGUCCACCACUGGGCUGUCCAGGACUAUGAGCGUAGAGUCCGUACAGAGUGGGCAAGCAAGUUUGUCCUUCGGCUCAAGGCGUAAGGAUCGCAUUACGGUAAGGCCACUGUCUGACGAGACAGAGUCUCUAUCCCCUACCGUGUUUUCACCAUCUAACGGAGAAUCGCCAAUCGAACGAGAAAUUCGCAUGGCAAAAGAUCGCGAAGAAGCGCUUAGACGGGAAAAACUUCUUCUGGGACAGCUGCAAGCUGAAGGGUUCGUUAAGAAGACUGAAACCACUCCAGUAGCUGCGAAGCCAGUGAACAAUGCAGUCCGCAGCCCGGUUAGAGGAAGCGCUCAGAAACUGCUGGCAACAUCGCGAAUCCAGCAAGAGAUAGAAGAGCAAACGCAACGUGAGAUGGACCUGCGGGCUUCAGGACACAUCCAGACUAUCUCUCAAGAAAGGACUGAUUCUAAAGUUACUGGAAUUGGCAACGUCCUGGUGACUGGCCGGUCAGAAGAGGCGAAGACGCCACCGCAGCAGCCCCAGCCUGCUUUUCUUGCAAAUGAUACAUCGAUUCCCAACGUCGAGAUUUACGAAAAGACCCCGCCGGCUACCAAGCCGGCAACACCGGUAUCGAACGGAAAAUGUGCCGGAGGAGUAACGCCAGUUACCAACAAGAACGGUAACCCUCCGAGAGCUGUAAGCAUGCAGAAGUUCAUCGCAAGCCGCGGCAAGGAGUUGGUCUUCACACAGCAGCACAAUGGAUCAUGCGGCUCGGAGAUAGGUCCGGGUCUGGGUUACUGUGAAUUGAAGCCUCCGCAAGUGCGAAGAGGAAGCGGGGUGGACCGCAAGGGCUUUGUGACGGCGGAAACGAAAAUCCAAGAGGAGAUGCGUGCCAUGAAGGAGAGGGAAGAAGAGCUGAAGAGGCAGAGAACAAGACUGAUUGGACAGCCACAGCCAAACCUCUCCUCUAAUGAAUAUGGCAAACCCUCGUCGCCGGAUCAAAUGACAUCAUCUGUAGAGAACCUGUGGGCUCAAGAGCAAGUCUCAGACAGGACUGAUGGUGCCGAAGAUGCGCAACUACUUAGUGGCUCUGAUGGAAACAAUUCUGGAUGCGCAAGACGCCGCAGCGCUUUGAUUGCACAAUGGGAACAGCGUAUCCAGAAAACAGAUACGGUCAAGUCAUAAAGAAGCACCUUGGUCUGAGGAGGAGCCCCACACUGUAGCACAGUGAUGUACAGGAUGACAUUGUUUUGGCGAUGGUGUUUUUUACACCAAGGAUCCGUGCCUGCAGAGGAACUGUUCUGUAAAGUGGCAGCAGGCAAGCUUUUACUCCAUACAGCUAAGCUGAGCUAAGCAGUAUGCAAGCUGUAGCAUAGAAGCGAGCCUGCAAUUAUAAUUAACGGUCUGUUCCCUUGGUGAGCUAUUUUACGGUAAGCAAAGUAAGUUUACGAGCUGUGAGAGCCCCUAUAAAUGUGAGGACAUGUAUAGAUGGAUGGCUUUCCUCAAUAUUUUUACAUAUAUGUCUGAUUUAUUUACGCCUGUGUGUUUUGCUUCCUGGAAGCUUUGAGAGGUUGUUAAACAGCGACGAAUUAGAUCUGGAGGGUUGAAGGCAUAUCAAGAAAAGUACUGAUGUAUUCAACCAGCUGAGGCCUUAGGCAAUGAAACUAUACGAUGUCAAACGUUAUAUUACGUAGUAACAGUAGCCCUUUUGCUGAGGGCUCAGGACAUCGAAUGUGUCAUUUGUUAGGACACAGAUAGCCCUGAGUACCGUGAGAUGUACUGCCACCAUCAGACUUAACCAGAACAUGUGAUUGCCACACAGCAUUGGCCAACCUAGCAUUGACCAACACCACCUAGAUACAGAAGGCCUGCUUAUUGCCUCCUCUCCCUCCUUCGCGACGUGGACAUAUAAAUUCAGAAUUCGUCUGCUACUGCGAUUCGCCGUUCUGCAAAUUCAAGAACUCUCAAAUCAUUGCACCUAACUUAGAACCUGUAGACUUGAAUUUGUAGACAAAAGUGGAACACACUUCCAAGAAAAUCAGUCUUGAGUAAGAUAUGAGACCGUUUUGUGCUUUACUUUAAAGUUGUCCCAGUUAGUACGCGGGGACGUUCACCCACUCCUAGCAGACGACGGUGGUUCGUCUCCAUGGCUACGACCACUGAAAGCACGUUCGUGAUUGGCUACAGCCCGCAACCGCUAUCGCUGAGCACUCACACUCUCCAUAACGGUGCGGCAUGUGCCCUGAGUCCUAGUUCCAAACCGAACACCUUCACACCGCUGAAUUCUGCGCGGCACAAGCGGUCACACAGUUUAAAUCUGAUGGCGGCUAUACAAAAACUUUGUGCUCCGAAUAACUCCUAGUAAAAUAUGGUACUGCACCACUCUUACUUGGACAGGCCAGUAAACUUCCUGUACUUUUGAUUUAAAAUCUAAAGGCAUUCAAAAACCUAUCAUGUUCCAUUGCUCUCGCAGAGUGGACAAUGAACAUACAGGAGUGACAUUUUACAAUCAUGUAUUGGCUCGACACUUAUUUUCCUCUUUACAACGAAGAAGCGAACAUUGUAUGGCAGAGUGACGUUUCUCGGCAUUGUAGAUAUCGUUUUCAGCAUGUGUGUCAGAACCUGACGUGCAUCACUGAGCAGUAAGAGCAUUCAUGUUUAGGCCUUACCCCCCAUUACUGUGCCUAAAUACAAAUCCUAUUCCUAGCAGUGACAAUGGUGCAUAGUUUUCAAGUAUGUGAAAGAUGUUACCUUAACCCAGUACAUUAGCAUUGAACCUCCAAAAUAUUAAUAAGUGCACAUGACAUAUCUGCAGCUAUGAAAGUUCACGGGCAGUGUCGCAUGGUUUGUGAGUUUAGCCGCAAGUGCCUUAAGAACUGAAGAGCCGUACAGCACAGUCAGUGUUGAACACUGGUUUCUUCUCAGAAGCGGAGCUUAACUGUCAACAGUGUGAUUCUGAGUGGUGAAAGGAAAAAGUUAUUUAAGCUUUCUUAACUUUCUUGUUAAACUGGCACAUUGCCAAUUUAUAUUCUGUAUGCAGGGAGACCUGUUUGAGGCCAUGAUGCUUGUGUGCUCCUUCACACAACGUUGUAUCAGUGCAUGUUGUGAUACGUGUUAUGCUAUAUCUACGAGUUGAAACUGUAUUGAAAACUGGCCAUAUUAUUAGGACAGCCAUACCGAGUGAUUCAAUUUUUAUUUUAUUGUAGUGACAGAAAUAAAAUGUAUAACUUUCA